GGUCACGCUUGUGUUGUGUGCGUCAGCCCUUGGUGCUGGUGUUGCUGGACAUCCCGCCCAUGCUGCCGGUGCUGGACGGCGUGGUGAUGGAGCUUCAGGACUGCGCCCUCCCGCUGCUGAGGGAGGUGAUCCCCACCGACAAGGUGGAGGUGGGCUUCAAGGACAUCGAUGCCGCCAUCCUGGUGGGCUCCAUGCCCAGGAAGGAGGGCAUGGAGAGGAAGGACCUGCUCAAGGCCAACGUGGCCAUCUUCAAGACGCAGGGCGCCGCCCUGGACAAGUUUGCCAAGAAGACGGUCAAGGUUCUGGUGGUGGGCAACCCGGCCAACACCAACUGCCUGAUCGCCUCCAAGUCGGCCCCGUCCAUCCCCAAGGAAAACUUCUCCUGCUUGACCCGGCUGGACCACAACCGUGCCUCCUCGCAGGUGGCGCUGCGCUGCGGCGUGUCCUCGGACAAGGUCAAGAACGUUAUCAUCUGGGGCAACCACUCUUCCACGCAGUACCCGGACGUUCACCACGCCAAGGUCAACGUGCGCGGCGCCGAGGCGGCCGCGUACGACUGCGUCAAGGACGACGCUUGGCUCAGGGGAGCCUUCAUCUCGACGGUGCAGCAGCGCGGCGCCGCCGUCAUCAAGGCCAGAAAGCUAUCCAGCGCCAUGUCGGCCGCCAAGGCCAUCUGCGACCACAUGAGGGACCUCUGGUUCGGCACCAAGGAGGGUGAAUUUGUGUCCAUGGGGGUGUAUGCCGGAGGAAACUCUUACGGCAUCCCAGAAGACCUCAUCUACUCCUUCCCCGUCCAGAUCAAAAACCAGAGCUGGAAGGUGGUGGACGGCCUCAGCAUCAACGACUUCUCCCGGGCCAAGAUGGACGCCACGGCCGCCGAGCUGGUGGAGGAGCGAGACACCGCCCUGGAUUUCCUGUCCCAGUGACUGAGCCCUGUCGCCCCCGCUAGCCACGGCCGCUCCCGGCUGUGAAGACCGACCCCCGGACAUUCCCCCGCGUGUCCCGCCCUCACCUGCGCUUUUCAUGUCCACGUGCGAGCGCAUGCGUUUGUUCUCCACAGACCUUUCAAAGCUGUCAGUCAUCGCAAUCUGGCGUUGGUAGAAAACACUCGUCAGCAACAAAAUAAUAAUAAAACCAUCAAGCUUAACCACAAAA